AUGGACGCGGUCCGGUGCAAGGAAUGGGAGCUCAUGACGCUCCUCGAGGAAGAGGGGACCAUGGAGAGGGUCCAUGAGCUGGGUCUUCUUGACGUUGUCGACGAUGUCGUUGGGCCCAUGGGUCUCGACGCUUGGAAGAGCCUGACGUACCUCGCGUUCGUUCGCUUCUUCCUGCGUCGGGCGAUGCUCCUCGACUACUCGACCAUGAGCUCAUACGAUCGCGAUCGGGUCAUCACGGUCGCGCGGGCCAUUGCCCGAGGCGAUGGCAGCCCCGUCGACGUCGUUCGCCAUAGCACGCAGCUUCUGCUCCGGGUCGGUCAUCGAAGCGCGCGCUUCGUCGUUCGAGCGCUCGGAAUGGAUCUCUUCACGAACCCAGAGCUUCUCCUACGCGCUCUCGGCGUCUUGCAUGCAAUGUGCACGGAGCUCAGCGGCCUGCAGUCGCUCCAUCUCCGCAUGCACGAACCGCUUGGCGACAUUCGCAUCGCUGACGUGCUCAAUAUGACGCUGGUGGCAGCCGACCCGAUCCUUCGCUUUGGCGCUGCCAAGGUCCUCUCAGUCAUCCUCCUGGACACGCCGCAUGCACCCGCCAAGGCGCUGCUGCUUGUGCUUGUCGAUGCGUUCAACGAGGAGGUCCAUGCGGCUACCCAAGCCAGCCUAGGCGCGCUGCUUUGGGACAUCCUCUUCCUUCGCCAAGACCUCUUUUCUCUCGACGUGUGGGACGACAUGGCGGCAACGGCCACGGAGCAGGCCCCGACCACGGUGCAUGCGAUCAUGCGGCUCAUCCUCGCGCCAAGCACACCAUCGUCGCUCGAUUGGCGUCUCGUGUCUCAACUGUUGGAGCACGUGGUCGUACUGUACGUGCACGAGAGCGCUACCUUGGGGAAGGAGGUACUGGCAGCGCUGUACGCCUUUUUUACCGACGAGUGCGGACGCACCGAGUACCAGCAAACGCUCGUGGGCCAGACAAUGGCCUAUGCCAACGGCAUGGAGCUCCCGUGUGCUCAUGACCCAACGACGACAAGUCUCUCUCAGAUGCAUGCCACACGCCCCGAAAUCGUUUUGAAGCGCGAGAACCAGCUACUGCAGGCGAUGCUGACCGCAGAUGCCAAGGCGUCGGCCAUCGGUUUACGCUGGUUGUAG